CAAGGGGCGGGCUUGACACUCUGCGGAAGAGCGAGGAUAGACCCAGGCCCAAGCGGAGCUCUCUGGGAUAGCUGGCGACUAGCAGGUAGCACCGCCGCCCUUGGGGACGGUCGGUGGGAGAGGGGUUUUGGUUGCAAGAGGUUCAGCUGAUGGGAGCAGUGCUGUUGAUACGAGGAUGAUCAGCAAGCGGUGCUGAAGGUGUCACGGGGAGGGGAGGCUGUAGAUACUGUGGUCACUGAGCUGUCUCAUGGCUGAAGGGGAUCAUAGAUCCCGGGACUUGCUAAGCUCUCAAGGUCCCUAUUUCCAGGUUGGAGGGGGCCCUGGAGUUGCUGGGUGCGGGGUGGAGAGUGGCACAGCUGAGAUGAUAUGGUCUCUAGUUUGACACCUCGUCCCGCGCUCGGUCAGGAUGGGCAGCAGCUCGCUGUCGGAGGACUAUCGCCUGUGCCUGGAGCGUGAGCUGCGGCGCGGCCGCGCGGGCGUCUGUGGCGAUCCCUCGCUGCGCGCGGUGCUCUGGCAGAUUCUGGUGGAGGACUUCGACCUGCACGGGGCGCUUCAGGACGAUGCGCUGGCACUGUUCACUGAUGGCCUGUGGGGCCGUGCUGACCUGGCGCCAGCCCUCCGCGAUCUGGCCCGCGCCUUCGAACUCCUAGAGCUGGCCGCUGUGCACCUGUACCUGCUGCCCUGGAGAAAGGAGUUCACCACCAUCAAGACCUUCUCAGGGGGCUAUGUGCAUGUGCUGAAGGGUGUACUCUCUGAGGAGCUCCUGACUCGAAGCUUCCAGAAGAUGGGCUACGUGCGCAGGGACAACCACCGCCUAAUGGUGACCACCCCACCCCCUGCCUGCCAGCUGGUGCAGGUGGCUCUGGGCUGCUUUGCUCUCCGGUUGGAGUGUGAGAUCCUAGGUGAGGUGCUGACCCAGCUGGGUACCAGUGUGCUACCAGCUGAGGAGCUGCUCCGAGCUCGAAGGGCUAGUGGGGAUGUGGCCUCCUGUGUAGCCUGGCUUCAGCAGCGGCUGGCCCAAGAUGAGGAGCCCCCACCCCUGCCCCCUCGAGGCACACCUGCUGCUUAUGGGGCCUCAGUGGACCUGUACCAGGACCUGCAGGAAGACGAGAGCUCAGAGGCCAGUCUGUAUGGUGAGCCUUCGCCGGGCCUGGACUCACCUCCUGUGGAACUGGCCUAUAGGCCACCACUCUGGGAGCAGAGUGCCAAACUAUGGGGCUCUGGAGGCCAGUCCUGGGACACCCCAGCUGAUGAGCUACACCGGGCCAGCAGCCCACCAUACGGGGCUCUGGAAGAGGAGCUGGAGCCAGAACCCUCUGCUUUCUCCUUCCUCUCUCUGCGCCGGGAGCUGAGUCGGUCAGGGGACUUAGCUCCCCCUGAAUCCCCUUCAAGCCCUGGGCAAGCCAGCCCCCGUCACAGGCAGGCAGAAGGAGCAGCACCCUCGGCCUACGGGCCGGCUGUUGAGCCUCUGAGCUACCAGGCUCAUAGCUGCUUGAGCCCUGGCAACCUACCCACCCUCUGCUGUGACACUUGCCGCCAGCUACACGCUACCCACUGCACUGCCCUAUCUGCCUGCCGCCCGACUCAUUCACUGCGCAUACUUCUUGGUGACAACCAGAGACGCCUGUGGCUGCAACGAGCACAGGUGGAUACCCUGCUCUAUGACAGUCCUGGGGCCCAUCCCUAGGCCCAGGUGGACCCCAAGUCUUCUGGGGACACAGUUUUCACGGUGCUUCUUUUAGGAAAGGGCCUAGGCCACUGACUCCCCUGGCCUUCCUAUUCCCCAGGGGAGUCCAGGACCUGCAGGUGAAAGAGGGUAGAGCCUUCAUGGAAUGCUCUUGCCUGGUGCCCUACCAGACAUCCUCACUGACAUGCCCGUGUCAGCCCUGGUGCAGCAGGCCGAGCUCAAUCAACAAGAUCCUUCCCUCAUGUCCCUCUCCUCACGCCCAGAUGUGCUGGGUAGAGAAGUCCAGGUUACCCAUGUUACAGUACCCAAACUCACUUUAAGACCCCAGCCUAUGAACUGCCUGAAGCUCCCUACCUGACCCCUGCAGUCUAUGACUGAGGAUGUCCCUCUCUCCAUGUACUGAGAAACCUCACCCAGGGGUUUGCUCAAGAGACUGCAGGUGACACAGUAAGAUCGCUGAGUUAGGUUUGUGCCAUGUGGGAGGGUCUGAAAGAACAGAGCUAACUUAGCUGUGAGGACCCCGGUUCACCUCUGCUGUUAGUAAGGAGGCAUUGCAAAAACAGUGGGAGGCACACUCCCAGGCAGUGGGAGGAGCUGUCACCCCCAUCCAGCAGGAAUGAUUCUCAGCAAUCAGCUGCCUACCAACCAAGGGGGAAGUGCACACAGGCCACUUCCCGGGCGACUGCCAAAAAGCAGCUCACUGCCCCUUGGAGCUCAUUCUGGGCACAGAGCUAACCAGGAAGAAUUAUACCCUCAUCUCCCAUGGGGGUAGCCCAGGACCCCUCAUUAGGGCCCCUAAACCACUCAUCCUCAGGAGGGGGAUAAUAAAGGGCUGGGUUUUCAUCAACCACUCAGAGGCCCAGACUCCGAGAUCACCAUUCUGCAAACACUCCCUCUAGUGGCACCCCAUCAGCCAAGCCUGUUCCCACUCCUCCUGCAGGCCCGCAGAGGACACUGUCCCCCCUCAACUGAGUCUGUUCCUACUCCUCCUGCAGGCCCACAGAGGACACUGUCCCCCCUCAGCUGAGUCUGUUCCCACUCCUCAUGCAGGCCUCUCAGAGGACACUGUCCCCCCUCAGCCAAGCCUGUUCCCACUCCUCCUGCAGGCCCGCAGAGGACACUGUCCCCCCUCAGCUGAGUCUGUUCCUACUCCUCAUGCAGGCCUCUCAGAGGAUGCUGUCCCCCCUCAGCUGAGUCUGUUCCUACUCCUCAUGCAGGCCUCUCAGAGGACACUGUCCCCCCUCAGCCAAGCCUGUUCCUACUCCUCCUACAGGCCCCUCAGAGGACGCUGUCCAUGUUGCAUGGAUCGAACCCCCACAGUACAUUAAAGGAUUGCCAAACU